AUGGCCUCUGGGAAAGCCAGGACUACAAGUCCCGGCGGCCUCCGCGGCGGCCGGCUUCGCAGCGGGGAGGACUACAGGUCCCGGCGGCCUCCGCGGCGCCCCGGCCCCUGCGGCCGGCGGCUUCGGAGCGGGGAAGGGGGGGGGGCGGGGCUGCUGCUGCUGCUGUGGGGGCGGGGCGGGGGGCCGCCGGGGGUCCAGGCCGCCCUGCCGGAGCCCCCCUCCCCCCGCCGGGUCUACAACUUCAUCGCCGACGUGGUGGAGCGGGCCGCCCCCGCCGUCGUUUACAUCGAGAUCCUCGGCCGGCACCCGUUCUCCGGGCGGGAAGUGCCCAUCUCCAACGGGUCCGGCUUCGUGGUGGACGCCGACGGGCUGAUCGUCACCAACGCCCACGUGGUGGCCAACCGCCGGCGGGUCCGGGUGAAGCUGCCCAGCGGGGACACCUACGAGGCCACGGUCACCGACGUCGACCCCGCGGCCGACAUCGCCACCCUGCGCAUCCGCCCCAAGGAACCCCUGCCCACGCUGCGGCUGGGCCGCUCGGCGGACGUGCGGCAGGGCGAGUUCGUGGUGGCGAUGGGCAGCCCCUUCGCGCUGCGGAACACCAUCACCUCCGGCAUCGUCAGCUCCGCCCAGCGCCCCGCCCGGGACCUCGGACUCUCGCAGCCCGACGUCGAGUACAUCCAGACGGACGCCGCCAUCGACUUCGGCAACUCCGGGGGCCCCUUGGUCAACCUGGACGGAGAGGUGAUCGGGGUGAACACCAUGAAGGUGACGGCGGGCAUCUCCUUCGCCAUUCCGUCCGACCGGCUGCGGGAUUUCCUCCGGCGAGGGGAGAAGAGACGUUCCUGGUUCGGGGGUGACGGGACCCAGCGCCGCUACAUUGGGGUGAUGAUGCUGACCCUGACCCCCAGCAUCUUGGCGGAGCUGCAGCUGCGGGAGCCGGGCUUCCCCGACGUCCAGCACGGCGUCCUGAUCCACAAGGUCAUCCUGGGCUCCCCCGCCCACCGGGCGGGGCUGCGCCCGGGCGACGUCAUCGUGGCCAUCGGGGGCCGGCCGGCGCGGACGGCCGAGGACGUCUACGCGGCCGUGCGGACGCAGCCCCGGCUGGACGUCCGCGCUCGCCGGGGGGACGAGACCGUGACCGUCCACGUGACGCCGGAGGCCACCGAGUGACCCCCGCCCCGACCGCCACGCCCCACGGAGGGGCGGGGUCUCCCACCCCGCUGGACCCGGGGUGGGCCGGGGCGGAC